AUGGGGCUUCUGACCAUACUGAAGAAGAUGAAGCAGAAAGAGCGGGAGCUGCGACUGCUCAUGCUGGGCCUGGACAAUGCCGGCAAGACAACCAUCCUCAAGAAGUUCAACGGUGAAGACAUCGACACCAUCUCCCCCACACUGGGUUUCAACAUCAAGACCUUGGAGCACCGAGGAUUCAAGCUGAAUAUUUGGGAUGUGGGCGGCCAGAAGUCCCUGCGGUCCUACUGGCGGAACUACUUUGAGAGCACCGACGGCCUCAUCUGGGUGGUGGACAGCGCCGACCGCCAGCGCAUGCAGGACUGCCAGCGGGAGCUCCAGAACCUGUUGGUGGAGGAGCGCCUGGCCGGAGCGACCCUCCUCAUCUUUGCCAACAAGCAAGACCUGCCCGGAGCACUGUCCUCUAACGCCAUCCGCGAGGCCCUGGAGCUGGACUCCAUCCGCAGCCAUCACUGGUGCAUCCAGGGCUGCAGCGCCGUCACCGGGGAGAACCUGCUGCCUGGCAUCGACUGGCUCCUGGAUGACAUCUCCAGCCGCAUCUUCAUGGCCGACUGA